UUUUUUUCAAGCUCUUGGAAUUUUGAAGGGAAAAAGGUCAACGAAUGCGAAUCCAACAGUAAAACAGGAAUAUCGUUUUCACCAAAGCCUCGUCUUCUGCUCUCUCUGCACGCCGCUUCCUCUCUUGGUUUCCAGGCAAUAAUGGAGUCGGGCGACACCGACCUUAUGAAGAUAGCAGAAAAGCUCGAGUCAAAGAUAUUACCGAUGAUUAGGUUCACUCCAGAAAAUGUCAUUGAUCUAGACAGACUCUUAUGUGAUACCUUCAUUAGUCAGUGUCCAAAACCAAUUGAUUAUCACAAUAGAAGAGAUUUGGUUCGCAUCUUCAAUACGAUUACAAAAGAAAUAUAUGGCAAUAGUGAUGGCUCCCCUGUUGUGGAAGAGUAUGGUUCAUUUGUAAUGGAUAUGUUUGACAAAAAAAGUGAUCUUGACUUAUCUAUCACUUUCAACGAUUCAAGUGAAGUUUCUCGGAAGAAGAAGAUUUCAACACUUCACAAGUUUAAUAGGAAAUUACUGUUAAUUGAAAGACAAGGACAUGUUACUGGUUUACAGCCAAUCUGGACUGCCAGGGUACCAAUUAUAAAAGUUACUGAUAGUGGAACGGGCAUUGAAUGUGAUUUAUCAGUUGAUAAUAGGGAUGGCAUUGCUAAAUCCCGCAUUAUCCAUGCAAUUUCUGCCAUAGAUGAAAGAUUUCGGAAGCUAAGUUUCCUGAUGAAAUCCUGGGCAAAAGCACAUGAUAUCAACUCUCCCAAAGAUUCAACUUUGAGUUCCUUAUCUAUUGUAUCAUUCGUAGCUUUUCAUUUGCAGACUCGCAAUCCUCCUAUAUUGCCCCCCUUCUCUAUUUUACUCAAAGAGGGAGAUGAUCCUGCGUCUGUUGCUAAGGUUGUUAAAACUUAUUUAAACUACGGGAAACAGAACAAAGAGUCGUUGGCUAUGCUUUUCAUUACUCUUUUAGUCAAGCUAGCAUCAGUUGAAAAACUUUGGGAGAAAGGAUUUUGUGCCAGCUUAUAUGAAGGGUCGUGGAUUUUAAAAUCAUGGAAACGCUCUUACCCAAUAAGUGUUGAAGAUUUCAUAGAUCGGUCCCAAAAUGUUGCUAGAGCAGUUGGAAGAAAUGCGGUAAAGACGAUCUACAGAUGUAUCCAUAAAUCUCUUGAUUUCCUUACGCAGUUUCUAAAUGGCCAAAGCCAGGGAAAUAAUUUGAUGGAUGUUUUGUUUGGGAAAAAUACUGCUUCUACUCUGGAAGUUGGGGUUACUAGCCACAUUGGUGAAAAUAAGAAUAACCUCCCUAUUUUGCAAAAUCCUCAUCCACCAAAAAAGAGGCGUUUAGAGGAGCAUUUAGAGGAAAAAAAAGUUCGGAUACGUAAUGAAAAGAAAAUAGUUUCAGCCUUGCAAGGAACAGAGCCCCUUAGAGGGGGUUGGGUUCAGCAAUCUCUUAGUGAAACUCCGCGUAAUUCGCUUGUUUCUUUGGCUGCCCCAGUUUCCUACCGACCUCCUCAUGCUAUUUCUAGUACAAAUAUUAAGGUGAAUCACAAUCACAACCCAGGGACAACUCCUCAUUUUUCCUUACAUCCAGUAGCUUUUGAACGAUCUUAUAAUCCUUCCAUUCCAUCACAUCUUAUUGCAUCCCAAAGUUCCCAAGGUUUUGCAAUUCAUCAAAAAUCAGUCGCUUCAAAUCCUUAUCUUCCAUCAAUUCAUUCACACCUUCCCCAAGUAGGCCGUAAUCCAUAUACACAGCGUGCCUUCUACAAUAAUAGGAAUAAUCCAUUUGGACCCUAAAGGGGUUGUUUUUCGUGAUAUAUGUAUUUGUCGAAUUAAAUUAAAAUAAGAUUAGCGAAGUCUUGAGCCAAUUCUCUUCUCUGCCUUCCCCGUAUUGUCUUUGAACCAAAACCUCCCUGAUUUUUAUGUAGUUUAGAAUGGAAAAUGCAUUUUCCUUUGUAACUUGAGAAAUGUUAUAGCCAGAGCAGAAAAUCCCCCUUCUAUUGCUCUGAUUUCACUCUGCCCGACUGUCAGAAAGCAGCUGUGCAUGCUGCUGUAGCUUUUGACUAGCAUCUGUUUUAUGAAGGCUGGAAGCCUGAAACUGUUUUGAUAUAGAAAACGAUUAUAAAGUCCUAAUUUCUUCCAUCGUGGAUAUUUUAUAGACUAGAGAUUAGAGGCCAGAAAUGCAAUGACAACUAAGAGUGUGUUGAGGAAAACCGGUUAUUUUAAUAAUCGAUUAUGUGAAUAAUCGAUUAUUGUUAUAAUUGAUUAUACUCGGAAUGAAAUUUUGUUUU